ACACUAAAUAAACAGCCCGCCGUUAUUAUCGAGUCAGAGCAGUGCGAGCAGCAGCGCGUCUCCAUCUUUGUCUGCACAGAACAAAACAGUGCUUUUUUUCUUCGCUUUUUUUUGUCCUAUUUUAAAACUCGACAUGCCCAAGAGAAAGGCUGACGGAGACAAGGCUGCCAAAGCCAAGGAAGAGCCAACCAGACGCUCUGCGAGACUGUCUGCCAGACCGGCUCCCCCGAAACCAGCUCCCAAGCCUAAGAAGGCUGCCCCCAAGAAACCAGGAAAGGGGAAGAAGGCCAACCCCGCUGAGAAUGGCGAGGCCAAGUCUGACCAGGCACAGAAGGUGGAAACCACAGGAGAUGCCAAAUGAAAAGCCAAGUUAUUGUUUGAAUCCUCUGUGUACUUGGUGACUGUACAGUUUGAAAUAACUAUUUUUUACCAAGUUUUAUAUUAAGAAUAUCGUUUAUAGUUAGUUGUUUGCCUUCAUGUCCAUUUUUAAUGAAGCCGUCCGUACCUUGCUAAAACAUUUUCCGCCCUGGCAAAAUUAGUUCCGAACUCAUGAAAUGUGUGAGAUUUUUAUUUCUUGCAUUCUGGUUCUUUUCGAUAUUUUUUAAACACCAAACAUUAUCAUAAGGCAGCUAUAGUGUGUUUUAAACUGUUCUUGUGUGCUUACAGAAAUACUGUAUUUUAAAUCUCGCAUUAUGUUGUAAUUAACGCAGUUAAAAAAGUAGCGAUCGCAGAAAUUCGGAAUAGGGAACCAACCAUGGAUAAAUUCACGAUGAGAAAUGUGUAAUCUUCUCCAAAAUGGUCAAAUGUUUUAUUAAGUUAUAUGCUUCAAUAUUGGAAAGAUAAUUUGUGAAUCUUAAAUUACUUGUUCUAAAUGGUUUUGAAUAAAUAAAGAUUUCAAAAAACG